UGGUUGUAGAAAAACAAGCUCACGAGCGGAGUCAAGCACAUAUACAUGUGUGCUGGGGGCAAGAGGAAGUGUCACUCUGCAGGCUGCUUCUGGUCGUGAUGUAGCCAGGCAUGUUGCCCAACGCCGAGGGAGCUAUCACGACAAAAGCUUCAAAUUUGAAGAGGAAGGUUGGCUUCAUUGCAUUCGGGUGCGUACCAAGCAAUCAUUUUGAUCAUGCCGUGGCUUGUUCAUAUCAACAAAGAACAUGUGAAGCACAACAACAAUCGAGAAUGUGGAUCCCCGUUCCGAAUUACAAAGAGAACGUAGCGAUCAUUGCUCAGAGAGCGCACGGAAUGUGUCAGAAUUUCGCCGAAGAAUGUGAUUAUUCUUUCCAUCACCUUGGGAGUAAUGCUCUCCUCCCUGAGGACUGUUCAGCUGCCAAGAGCAUGCUCCACAUGUCGAUGAGGCCGCUGCAAUACGAGGCGGCGUUGGUGGGAAUGUCGUUUGCAUUCACCUGCUUACACCAGACGCUCGCCUCUGCCGAGCACGAGCUCUUUUCCGCUAGCGAACGCAAGCGAUUGGAGAAGAUCGCCGAGCAGGAGUUCCAGGGUCUACGUGUGUGGAUGGGUCAAGUGGAUGAUCCAUUGGUGCAUAAGAUGUGGGCCCAAGGAUUCGAGGCUGGUAAGAAAGAAAUUGAAAAGUGCUUUGUUGGAGCGUAGCAAAGAGCGAGGAGAACACAAGCUUGGGGAAUACGCGUCGGGCUUUCGGAAAUGGAUAGAAUUCAGUAGCGUGGAAUAGGUCACUCAAAAGCAAACUUUUUUCCUCACCUGCAGAUACAUAAGGAUCUGUACAUC